GAAUGCCGCAAGCUUCCGCGCGGUUUGAAAAGAAGGCUAGGUUACUAUUUCUACGGCAGAGAAGGGUGAUAUGGAAGAUAAAUGUUGAAGAGCGGCAAGGAAAAUGGCGAAGAGUCUGUUUAAUAAGGCUGUAGAAGACGCAGCAUUAAGUAUUUCUUUGCGUCAAGAUGGAUCCAGGAGUUUUAAAGAAUUUGAUAAGCCAGACAGGGGGCGUUCUUUUCGAGGACAACCAAGAGGUAGAAGCAGGGGCAGAGGGAGAGGAAGAGGUCGUAGUAGUAGCCACCAUAGAAGCGAUCCUCAUCCUAGGUCGCACUUAGCUGGUGAUGAUGAUGAUGACAUAGACAUGGAUGAAGGAAGCCAAAGAUCUCAUUCAAGAUACAACCCUUAUUCCAGAAGACCUCCAUCUCGUCGUGGUGACAGAGGAAGUAGUAGAGGUGAUAUAAAGUCUAGACUAGGGAGAGUCCCUGAUGGAGCCACAGGAAGUCAAGGAAAUAAGUCUGAUUGGUAUAAAGUUGUGAUACCACAGGGGAAAAAACACGACAAAGAUUGGCUUAUUAAGAGACUGCAGAAUACAUGUGAAGAGGCCUUCCAACCAGUUAGUUUCCAUUCCUUCAAGGGAGAGUCUUCAGCCUUCUUUGUUGAGGGAAGUAAAGUUGCGGAAGCAUUGAAAAGAGUUAGUCAUAAAAUAACUGUGAAGGAUGGAACAAAGCUGAUAGUAAGUGUGCGUCCCAGUGCUCCACCCCAAAACCAAACCAGUAAUUUUCCUGUUCGUGAAGUUCAUGAUGGUAGCAGCAGAGGAAGUGAUUCAUUAGAGGAUGGCACAAAACAAGUAUUGAAGGAUUGUCUCAGUAAACGUUAUGAUAUUACAACAAAAGCACUUGACCUCUCUGAUUUGUUUCACGAUGAAGUGCUGAAAUUAAAUAAUAUACAAGGAAUACUGGCAAGAUAUUGGCUGGCAUCAGGAAUUGUGAAAAUUAUUGGAGAGAACUGCCCUGAGGUUCAGUCACUUGACCUAAGUAACAAUCGACUGAAGAGCUUGGAUGGCUUUAAGGACCUUGGGAAGGAAACAUCAAACUUAAAGCACAUCAAGAUCUCCAAUAAUCAACUGAGAGCUGUAGAAGAACUGGACAAGAUAAAGUCCUUGAGUCAGCUUCAAACCAUUUCACUUGAUGGAAAUCCUCUUUGUGAUAUAUUUCAAGACAAACAAAAUUCAUAUAUCAGUGCUAUCAGAAGCAGGUUUCCUAAAGUAACCACUCUGGAUGGUCAUGAACUUCCUCCACCAAUAGGAUUUGACCUUCCCUCUGAAGAAUCUCUCCCUGCUUCGAAGGAAAGUUUUUUUGGUGAUCUGGCAGUUAAAGAAAUGGUGCUAAAAUUCAUAGAGCAAUAUUUUAAGAUUUAUGACACAGACAACAGACAAGGCCUUCUUCAAGCUUACCAUGAUCAGGCAAUAUUUUCCAUGUGUGUCAAUACAGAAGCAUUAGGGAAGGAUCGCGGUGGUCAAAGGGCCCCUUCACUUGGUGACUACUUGAAGUACAGCCGAAACUUGAAAAGAGUCGCUGACCCAGAGCGUCGAAGCAGUUUUUUGAAGCACUCAAAACUCUCUGUUGUUGCAUUUUUGAAUGAGCUGCCCAGCACAAAGCAUGAUUUGUCAAGUUUCACUGUCGAUGUUAGUCUGGCCUUGCCUUCCUGCUUGUCCUUUGCGGUCAGAGGAUUGUUCUUAGAGAACUCUAAAACAUUGAGGUCUUUUACAAGAGUAUUUCUCGCUGUUCCUGCUGCUGGUGGAAGCGCGCUGAGUAUAAUUAAUGAUGAGCUGCAUAUUAGCCACGCUUCGCCUUCUCAAGUGCAGGGUGCGGCUGUUGAAAGUACGAUUGCCACCAACAGCACUGAAACGUUACAAGUCAGUUCAGCUGUUCUUGGUUUGACAUCAGCAACUACACAGCAGCAGCAGCAGAUGAUUCUCCAGUUUGCAGAGCGGUCGACAAUGAACGUUGAGUGGUCAUACAAGUGCCUGUCUGAAAAUAAUUGGAACUUCGAGAAAGCCGCAAUGGCGUUUUCUUCAUUAAAGGAUAGUGGUAGGAUUCCGCCUGAAGCUUUUGUAAAAUAACUCCAGGCAAAAUUCAAAGCUGGAUUUAGAUUUUUCAUUUCAUCCAACAGUUCCUUUGCCAACGUCCAUGAUAUUGUUUACAUCUCUCUGAACUGCAUGCUUUAACUUUUGUUGCAGUUGUUGUUGCUAUUUUUAAGCUAUAAAUUCGCGGUCGUUGAAUUUUCUACAGAAUAUCCUUGUAAAUAAUUUCCUCAGCAAAUCAGUAUUAGCCUAGUAAUAGCGUUCAGAACAGCGUAUUUUAUUUGUUAGCAUUUAGAAAUAGACUUUUUAGAACUUUUACGACAUCUGCAACUGAUUUUUCCAGGUAUAUAUUGUUAACCAGAGCUUCACAAGGACCAGUCACCGCUGUAUACACCUCUUGAUGUUAUUGUGAAGAAAUGUUGACAGGAUUAAAGAAUAAAUUGAUAACGAAGUGA